CUUGAUUCAGCAUCCAGCAGCAGCAGCAGCAGCAGCAGCAUCAUCCUACUCGCCCGCCUCUCGUGUGUGCAGCGGGAGGAGGAGAGAGGAGGAGACUCGCUCACGGCAGCGUUUGAGACAGACGGGACUUGCGAGACACAGGUCGUCCCACGCCAGACACAGCAAAGGAACUUCGAUCUGAAGCCAAGUGUGGUGGGGAAAAUGACGAGACGAGCAUAUCCGUUUUUCUUAUUCCUGUAGGGCGUAGUUAUGUGGCGUGUCUAAAAUAUGAUGCCCUUGGACACUUCUCUGUGAAGAUUUACCUUUCGAACGCUCAUGUGCCGUUUCAUGUUGACUCCACUUUGGUCACCCGUGUUAACGUGAAGGAGGUGUGAGUUGCAUUGUUGCCUCUUCAGCUCGGUUGCAUGGGAUUUCCAGUCGUGUCGGCUGCCGUGAUGUCUGCAAUAUCCCCUUCUUUGUUUCUGGUGUUGCUAGGCGUGCUGUCGGCGGGGGCCCUGACAGAGAUGAAGAUGGUGGUGGGCGAUAACGCCACCCUGCCGUGCUACCACAAGUUCUGGCAGUCCAACGGCCUGUCCCUGGACAUCGAGUGGCUGUUGCAGAAGCCCAAAUCCAAGCAGAACGUGAUCAUCACAUUCUUUGCGGGCCACGUGUACACAGACGAAGAGACGAAGAGCGAACCGGGCCGCCUGUUCUUAUCUGGAGACUACCUGGGCGGAGACGCCUCCCUGCUCAUCAGUGACCUGCAGCUGACCGACUCUGGGGAGUACACCUGUAAAGUCAAGACCGGAGGGAAGUACCACUGGGACCAGGUCAACCUCAUUGUGCUGGUCAAGCCGUCGAAGCCCAGAUGCUGGACUGACGGGAAACUCCUGGAGGGCAGCGACGUAAAGAUGAGCUGCAAGUCAAGCGACGGCUCGGACCCCAUCAGCUACAAGUGGGAGCGCGUGCUGGACAAGGGCAAGAGUCUGGGCAAGCUGCCCAACCUGGCACUAAUAGGUAAGAUAACCACUGGCUCGUACCGACUUUGGUUGGAUCUGGGUGAUGAUUGGUUCCUGGGACAAUGA